AACCAUAGUUAGGACAAAAUAUACAAAUAAUUUCUUAUUUAUUCUUUGUUAGCAUUCGAAAUGUCUGACGAGUAUGGUAUUUGUCCAUACAAUAAACAGCAUCGUAUUUUGUUGUUUAGAAUGCCCGGUCAUAUUGUGAAGUGUGUGCGCAAUUACAGAGGACCACCGCUGGCUGUUUGUAAAUAUAAUGCCACACAUCGCUUGCCGGCGGAACGAAUGGAUCAGCACCUGGAAGAAUGUGUCGAUUAUAAAAAAUUUCAUGGAUAUAAAAACACACAAAUCGCUCUGCAAGCGCGAAAAUCACCACCACGUGCCUAAGUGUAAAAUGUUCCACAAUGUCGCAAAAGAAAUACACUUCCCAAAGCUUGUCAUUUUCUUAUCAUAUUUAAAUGCUGUUUUCUCUUUUAUAA